CGCCAAGAGUCAACUCCAUGGUACCACCACCACCACCUCUAAUGCUCCACCUGUUUUGCUGGCAUGCCGGGAUGCCGAAAACAGCAGCGCGACCUGUGAAGCCGACGAUUUCUUUGGUGCAACUUGCAACCACCGCCUCCUCUCCCCUGGCCAUCCCAUAUAAACUCCCGUCGUCGUCGCUCAGUUCCGCUCACGGACAUGCCGCAAAACCAAGAAGCCAAUACUAGUCAAAGAAUCAAGGUCUCAAGGAUGCACCUAACGCUUAGCCCUGUGAGGACGACGAGGAAGGCGGCGGCGCACGCGCGGUCGGCGAGCCAGCCAUGCCACCACUCGCACCCCGCGCUCGCGCGCCUCGACGGCGGCGUCCGCGAGCUCAGGUCGUGGUCCGCCUCGGCCUCGAGCUCGGGCAUGUCCUCUGGGUCAGGGCUCGCGCUCGUGGAGGCCGUACUGGUCGCGUUAGAAGAGCUGCUCGCGGCACCGCGAGCCGCGGUGGCCCUCCACGACGCCGACGACCAGGUCCUCGAAGGCUUCCUCGCGCUAGCCGACGCGUACAGCACGUUCGGGUCUGCGCUGCUCGCGGCGAAGCAGAGCGUGGCGGAGGCUCGGGCCGGCGUCCGGCGCGGGGACGGCGCGAUGCUGGCCGCGUCUGUGUGCGCGCACAGGCGAACUGAGAAGGAGCUGUGUCACCUCGCCGCAACAAUGCGGCACGCGACAGUGGCGUCGUCGAGGCCGGCAGGUGUCACCACGGACACCGAGGUGGUCGACGUGGUGGCGGAGGCGGCCGUGGCCAUAGCCGAAGCGUCUGCGGUCGUCUUCUUGGGGUGCGCGGCUAUGUCGCCGGGCGUGUCGGCCGUGGUACAUACGUUGUCCUCGCGCAAGUGGCUAGCGAGGCUGGGCGUCGUGCUGGCAGACAGGAAAGUAGUGCCGCAGACGGCGGUGGCAGCAUUGGAGGAGCUAGAGGAAUGCAUUGGUGCGGUCGAGAGCGGGAGCGAGAAGGUGUUCAGGAAGCUGCUGCAGGCUAGAGUUUUACUCCUGAACAUCCAUAAUCCGUUGUAAUUCCCAAACUGAGUUACAGUCAGGAUUUCAGAGGAUCAAAUAGGAAAUGUGCAGGAGUAAUCAGCUUCAGAUGGCUGACUUGUUACUCUUUGCC